CAUACUCCAUUCCGGGUUUUCCGUUGAUCCGCUGUGGCGCGGUAGUAAAACAAAAGACAGUCGGGCCAUAGCUGAACCUUUAUAAGAGUGGAUAUUAUUCUGUCGGAGUUUAUUGGUUUCUCGUCGCAUGAACCCGAUUUCUUCAGUAUUAUCUACAUUAUUCAGAAGACCGUUCUUUGGACCGGAAUGACAUGACAGGAGCCUGAUACUGGACAGGUUGAUGUUUACGGUGCAAGCGUCCCAUUUUUGCAGGAACCGCAGAGCCUCCGUGUGGGGCCCGAGGACCAUGUUCCGUCCUGGAGGAGAGAGAGACUUCCAGACGUCGGCUCGUAGGAUGGGGACGUCCCUGCUCUUCCAGCUGUCGCUUCAUGAGCGAGAGUUGGACCUCGUGUUUCUUGACCACAGCUAUGCCAAACCCUGGAACGCCCACCCGGAUGCCAGCAGCGCGCGGCCCACCCGCAUGCUGUUCGUCACCCCGCGGCGGCAGCCGGAGCCUUCUGUUGAUUCGGACAUUUCCAUUGAUGUAGAGACGGUCACACCCAUGCCAAUGCCUCUCUAUGACAAUCAGAAAGCCCGUAGUGUGAUGAACGAGUGUGAUCGUCACGUUCUGUUUGCUCGAACCAUCGCUGAUGGACCACUUCCUCCAGAUGAUUGGGAAGAACACAUCAACAAGGCUGGCUGGUCAUUGGCUCAGAACAAGCUCUUCAAUAAAGUAUUGAAAGCACUGCAGGCAGAAAGACUCAGCAGACUGGCCAAUGAGGGGGCCAGUAAUGAACCUGUCUUACGCAGAAUAGCUGUGGAUAAAUGUGCUCGUAAGGUCCGCCACGCUCUGGCCAGCAUCAACUGGGACAUAAAGCUGACUCAGUGGCUUCAUAGCACACUUGUGGAGUCUUUGAGUCUUGCUAUGCUGGCCGCUUACCUUGAUGUACUGCAGACACUCAAAAGCAAGGUACCAUCCCUGAUCGACAGGAUGUUGCUGUCAUCCUCUGUAAAAACAGGAGCGGCGGGAGCUGAGGCUCUUUCUCUGCUCCUUAAGCGGCCAUGGGACCCUGCUGUGGGUGUACUAUCACACAACAAACCAAGUAAACUUCCUGGAUCCCCCCUGAUCCUGAUAGCCCCCUCAGGACCAACAAAUCCCACCUUCUCUACCUCCCGACGAAUGAGAUUCUGGCAGUCUCAGCUCUCCUGUCUAGGGAAGGUCAUUCCCAUUAACGUUCAUGUGGGCAGUGGAGCCAACAUCGGAAUCACGCAGUGUGUAGAGCACAUGAUCGGCACAGUCAGAGGAAAAGUCAUUGAGGUUCACAGUCACUUCCCUCACAAGCCGAUCAUCUUGGUGGGCUGGAAUGUGGGGUCAUUGAUCUCUUGUCAUGUGUCCCUUAUGGAGUAUGUGACUGCUGUUGUGUGUUUGGGUUUCCCCCUCCAAACUGUCAAUGGGCCACGAGGGGAUGUUGAUGAUCCGCUGUUGGACAUGAAGACUCCAGUGCUGUUUGUGGUCGGUCAGAACGCACUUCAGUGCAGUCCUGAGAACAUGGAGGAGUUCAGGGAGAAGAUUCAGGCUGAUAACAGCAUGGUAGUUGUUGGAGGGUCAGACGACAACUUGAGGAUCAACUCCACUAAGAUGAAGACGGAAGGCCUGACCCAGACCAUGGUGGAUCGCUGCAUUCAAGAUGAGAUAGUUGAUUUUCUGACAGGAGUUUUGACCCGUACUGAGAGCCAUGGCCAUGGCUCCGGUGAGACUCGAGAUUUGGAUGCAGAGAAGAAGAAGAAACCUCGUCGUGAGCUGCCCUUUGACCUUGAGAGGUCACGACCCUCUUCACCUGCUGUGAGGGUACCCAUCUCCCCAUCUGGAUCUGAGGAUAUGUCCAGUGUCUGCAGCAGUCCUACAGCCAGUCCCAAACCCAAGAUGGUCGGACUUUCUCCAGCUCAGAAAUCCAGUCUCAUUACCGCCACACAGCUGCUGAAGACGCACAUGCAGCGCUCAGGAACUGUGCUCACACACAAACAAGCGCAAGCUCAGUUCGCUGCUUUUAUGAAACAUAAUAUGCUGGUGAGGAAAAGCAUUCCUCCUGGCAGCCCUUCAUGUCUCUUUGUGCCGGUGCCCAGUGAGCAGGUGGAGGGUUUGGACCGAGACGACCUGAGGCUCCACCUCAAGAGAAGACAGACGCCCAGUCCCACUCCCACCAAAGCCUCCAAAAGAGCCAAGAUCAAAGUCACCAUCGUCUCCCACGGAGACGCGGUGGGAAAUACGGCUGGCUCCACUUCUCAGGAAGUGGGUUUGUCAGGAAAGCCCCUCGGACUGACAGUGGGCCAAACGGUAUCAGGGGCCAAAGAGCUGUCUGAGCUUCUCAGUGCACAAAGGUCAGGAGGUUUGGCAGACGUGUCUGGAGCUUUGGGUUCCAGUGAAGGGCCGUUUCACAGCCUGCAGGGGAGUGUGAUGUCGGGUUCUUCCUCUCCUGUCCAGGCUCAGGCCCCCGCCACUGCGCAAGCUCCUUCUGCCAGUAGUCUGCUGCAGGGCCUCAGCCUCAGUCUGCAGGAGAUCAACACUAAAUCACCAGGCGUCCCCUCCACCACACAGGUGUGCGGAGCGAAGCCCCAGUGUCAGGGGCAGGUGUUGAGCUCGCUCAGCCCGGGUGGCAGCGGCACACUAGUGCGGGCGGUGCCGGUCGUGUCGACAGGAUCCGGGAUGACCAAAACCACAACUAUCCACCAUCUCCUCACCAACGGCGGCCUGGCCAAACUAGCCCAUAGUCUGCCAGGACUGGCCCACGUCGCCAGUCAGAGCACGGGACUCAAAGUUCCCACCACUAUCACGGUGACGCUGCGCGGGCAGCCCGGCAGGAUUCCUGCUCUCAGCCACACGGGGAUGUCAGCGCCCGCUCACAGCGCACCGGACAACCAGGACUUCGAGGACUUUUCCAGGACAUUUUUAAUUUAAUUACAGCUGGAAUAAAAGACAAGGAUCACGCUCUAAAUGACCAGAAACUCUGAAAUGGACGAUAUGAAGCUGAAAUGGCCAUCAGUCACACAUCCAAUGAGCAUCCAAAAGCAUUAACAGAUGAACCGAGAGGAAUCAAAUGAAGAAACCCGGUCUUAAAGUCUGCUGAUUUACCUUACAACCUGCAAAAGCGCCAUGUAUAGACACUUUCUUGCACGUGGACUGAAAACUUGACUUUACACUUCAUUUGUCUAUUUUGUUUAUUAUUAUUAUUUCCCUUAUUCUGUUAUACUAUAUAUGGUUGUACAGCAUCAUGGGUAAUUUAUUGGAAAAUACACUGUUAUUAUUCUUAACAGUUUUAACAGUCUUUCCAUCUAUUUCAUAAAAAUGUUUUGUCAAUAUAGAAUUUCUGAUUCGUUUAAUUUUUGCCAGAAAGGUUUGGUGUUCAAAAUGUUGCACAGGACCCCAGCAGAGCCUGAGCUUUAUUUCCUCACAACCAUAAAGAGCCUGAGAAAAAUGCAUCAUUAAACUGUCAAAAUACUGAUAAUAAAUUCAAGAUAUUUAAAAGACGACAUGAGAGUUUUUUUAAUUGAUUUUCCCCCCAGCAUUUUGUAUAUCCACUGUCUUUUAGAUUAAUCAUGCCUCAGUCUUUCCUCACGACAUCAGGAUAGCUGUCCUUCAAAUAACCGUUAUAAUUAUGCCAACAGGGAUAAUAAUGUGUCUGCCUGAUUAAGUCACAAUUGUUUUGAUUGCUGACUGUUUUUAUUGCCCCUAAUGAGGGAAACUAGUGGAGGUUGACAAGCAUGAAGCGGAAUGGUAGACACGGAUUAAAGGGGUCAUAUGAUGCUGCUAAAAAGAAC